GGCCGUCAGGGCCGCUCGAAGGGAGUUCUCCCGGAGCCCGAGACGGGAGGGCGGCUGGCGGGGCUGGGCUGCAGUUGCACGGCCGCGCCUGAUGUUGGAAGAAGCCUGGCCACAGCACACGCUACUGAACAUCCCGGCCACUGCACACACCAAUGACUAUCCUGGCCACCUCGCAAACUACUGAAAAUGAGGAGAAUUCCUCAAGUCCUGAGUGAAGCACUUGAAGACUCCUGACCCCACAUUCCUGCUUUAUCCUGUGGGUCAUUGCACACCUCGCCUGGAGCAUGGACUGUACUUUUGUGUCAUAAGCCCAAUACAUAUCUGUCUCCACAACACUUCAGACACUAAUCUCUACAAAGGUUUUCCUACGGAGCCCUGUGGAGUCCGAGGCCGCCCGCUACCAUGACGACUGCCAUCCUGGAGCGCCUGAGCACCCUGUCUGUGAGCGGGCAGCAGCUGCGCCGUCUCCCCAAGAUUCUGGAAGAAGGACUUCCCAAGAUGCCGUGCACCGUCCCGGAAACCGACGUGCCGCAGCUCUUCAGGGAGCCUUAUAUCCACGCAGGCUACCGCCCCACGGGGCACGAGUGGCGCUACUACUUCUUCAGCCUUUUUCAGAAGCACAACGAGGUGGUCAACGUCUGGACCCACUUGCUGGCGGCCCUGGCGGUCCUUUUGCGGUUCUGGGCCUUUGCGGAGGCAGGGGCAUUGCAGUGGGCCUCUCCGCACACCCUACCCCUGCUCCUCUUCAUUCUGUCCUCCAUCACUUACCUCACCUGCAGCCUCUUGGCCCACCUGCUGCAGUCCAAGUCAGAGCUGUCCCACUACACUUUCUACUUCGUGGACUACGUCGGGGUCAGCGUCUACCAGUACGGCAGCGCGCUGGCUCACUUUUUCUACAGCUCCGACCAGGCCUGGUACGAGCGCUUCUGGCUUUUCUUCCUGCCGGCGGCUGCUUUCUGUGGCUGGCUCUCCUGCGCGGGCUGUUGCUACGCCAAGUACCGCUACCGGAGGCCUUACCCGCUCAUGCGGAAGAUCUGUCAAGUGGUACCGGCAGGGCUGGCCUUCGUCCUAGACAUCAGCCCCGUGGCACACCGCGUCGCCCUCUGUCACCUGGCCGGUUGCCAGGAGCAGGCGGCCUGGUACCACACCCUCCAGAUCCUCUUCUUCCUUGUUAGCGCCUACUUCUUCUCCUGCCCUGUCCCCGAGAAGUACUUCCCCGGCUCCUGUGACAUUGUGGGCCAUGGACAUCAGAUCUUCCACGCCUUCCUUUCCAUCUGCACGCUCUCCCAGCUGGAGGCCAUUCUUCUGGACUACCAGGGGCGCCAUGAGAUCUUCCUCCAGCGCCAUGGUCCCCUGUCUGUCUACACCGCCUGCCUCUCCUUUUUCUUUCUGGCUGCCUGCAGCGCGGCCACGGCCUCCCUCCUGAGGCACAAAGUCAAGGCCAGACUGAUGAAGAAAGAUUCCUGAGGUCUGCAAACAAGGAACGGUGUAGAGGCGGGCCACCGUGACUCGGGGGAAAUCUUGACACAAUAAUAGAAGUUGACUUUUUACUUUUAAGGUUUGAGUUUUAAAUUAAUAUGUAUUGACAGGCUGAGGAUGAAACUCAAUCGGUAGAUGUGCUUGUAUAGCAUGCAGGAAGCCCAGGGUUUGAUCCCAGUGCCCCACACACCAGGAUAGCAGCCCUUAAAGAGGCAGAGGCAGAGGAGGAUCAGAGGUUCUAGGUCAUUCUCUGAUGCAGAGUGAGUUCCAGGCUAGCCUUUGAUACAUGAUACCCCAUCUCAAAAAAAGAGUAUUACUUAUUUUCUUUUUUAAUAAGUAACCAUUUAAUUUUUAAUGAUUAACUACAUAAGCCAAAGACACCCAAUUUAUACACGCCAUUGGAUUCAUCAUUUGUCACAAUAUUUGUUAUAAAGCGAGAGAUCGUCACCAAGAAUUUAGAAGAAAACACUGAAAAAAGUCUGCAAAAGGAGAAAACAAUCAGCAGUGAACAACGCAGCGGCACCUGUAGGUUGGGAGACAGUUGGGCACAGCGUAUUUCCUUCUCCUAAGAAAUGAGAAGAAAAGCCUCCACAGUGCACUAGCGACUGCCGCAAUGUGGCGCUCUUGAGCCGACAAGGAAGACUGCACAAUUAGGGCCACAUUCUCCCUUUGAAGUUCCUGGCAACAUUGCUGAGGAACAUUCCUGAUUCGGGCUGGGCCGAACAGCCUGCAGAAAGCUCAGCGCUCUCCUAGGUGCAGAGUCUCCACAGGCCCUCAGGAACGUGCUAAACCCAUCGCUGAGAAGAUGCGCAUGAGAAGGAUAUAAGCACCAGCUGCUCUCAAAUAUGUCUUGAACACCAUCAAUACAGAUGGAAGGCAGUGUCCAAGAGCAUGCUCUGUACCAUUUCAUCAUCCUUAGGUACCAAGAAUUCCCUGGCUUUCUCUUGGAACUCACGUGACAGUUCCUCAGCCCAAACGCCAACGUCCAGGUUAUCCUGGGCAUACAUCAGGAGGAAUGCCAUCGGACCCUUCCAAACAAGGGCUCCAGAAGAUGACAUGGAGGGGCCCGAGGAAGUAGCUUGGCACAUCUUCUGUCUCUGCAGCAUCUGCUAAGAGCAGAAAAAGGCUGAAAAAGUUCCAUAGGCCAACUUCAGUUACUUCUUCCAUCCUCUUUUGAUGAAAUUUACGACAGUCUUCCUUUAACUCGUUUCCAAGGAGCCACUGCUCUUCAUUGCUUUCUUGAGGACACUUGCCAAAAUGCAAAGAAAAAUGAUGUAACUGCUGCUGGAUUUAUACAAGUGAGGGUCUUGUUUAUCAGAACAUCAGGACUUCACCAUUGCAAGCAUGGACAAGGAUGAAUUGAUAUUAGUAAGGCCUUCCAACGGAAGCCAAGAAAUACUGAAGGAGCUAUUCGGGUUCUUACUACAAUACGCCUACAGAACAGUAACAAUUGAAAUGUUUAGCUCCCAGAAAUCACAAAGUGUCAAACAACAAUAAAGACACACUCUCUGUAAGUGUUCUUCUAGUAUACUCUCCUAGACAGUGAUGGACUGUUUCAAAAGUUCUUCUCUAAAGCACCAGUUUGAUUCCACUUGUCUCAUUUCAUCUGAUCUGUCUGGUACAGCGAGGCUACGGGAACACUAACCCACCCACUAAAGCCUAACGGAUCCUUGGUCCUGGUUAGAGAAACAGAAGGUCUUUUCUGAUCACUUGAUUCUUCACAAAGUGUUGUAAGUAGCUUAUUCAACCAAUUCCAAAAUGAUCCUGCAACAGUCCAUUCACUUCUGUGGUCUGGAAGAUGAACAAGUAGAACCCACAAUUCUUUAACACAGGAGCAUGGGCAGUGAUCAAUCACUGAUGCUUCUGAAGGCCUAACCUCGGCAUAGCUGUUGAGUGAACAGGCUUACUGAGCCACAGAGAAGAUUUUCACAGUGUUCUUCAAAUAGGCUGACAUUGGUUAAACUGCCGCCCUCCUAGCCAGCUGACGACCAUAACCAAGUUGCUUGGAUUUUUCACCCAGCAUGUGCAGUAUUCCCAGCACGAGCCAGUGUGUAUCUAAGUGGAGAUGUAAUAAAUAGUGGGAAGACCUCAAUCUGGUUCUUAUUUACCAAUGCUCCUAGAAUAACACUGUGAAGUUCAGUUAGAUGUCCGAUCUACAGAAGCAAUCCACAAAGUUCAUCAACCAGCAUUAACAGAAGCUGAAGCUUCCAAAGCUUUAUAGGGAUGGACGGGGAGAUUGCAGCUCUCAGCACCUUGUUCUUUCAGACGCCUGAAGAUGAAAACUUUAAUGUAGUGGAGAAACACUACACACCGCUGCCGAAUACCCAUCUGCUUUGGAGUGCAGGGUGGCUCUCUUCCCAAAAUCAUACUUGUCUUAUGAUAAGGACUCCAAGGUAAAUAAAUAGCUACUGCAUGGAUAAACAAAAGAGCUCUCGACAUGAACUUACUAAUGCUGUUUCGGUAACCCGUUGGAUGCCAGACUGUAUCCUCUUCAAAAUUAGUUGGUAAUGGAUCAAGAUUUGAAAUUAACCGCUUAAGGGCACCACUGGCAAGGUAGGACUCCGUCAGAAUAUCCUUUUCCUUCUUUGUUGUCAAAAGUGCAAGCAAAGCACGGGGGUUUGCACCAUUCUGUCCCCAGGUGCAGCUCUAAGCUGUCAGUCAUGAAUGCCGACACUGCAGAACAUGUGUUAUUUACGUCAUGCCCAGAAUGAACUCCAGCACGAAUGCAUACUGGGAGGCCAGGGGGACGCUCUAGCUCAAACGUUCGUUCCUAUGAAGCUGGGGAUACCGAAGGCCAUCUUGGAAACAUCUGCUGUGAGUUGGUUGUCGCUUCUUAGCCAUCACCAAUGCAUUCUGCCUUGGAGACAUCACGGCGAGCCACAGUCUGGUCCAAACUCCUGUAGCUGUCAUUCAGCAUGUCUGCCACCUCCACGAGGGUGCUGUACUUGCAGAUGGUUGUGGAACCGACAAUGUCACUGAAGUAGAUCAUGACUUCUUUUUUACAGCUCUGGCUCCACAACGCCGUUCCCUUUCAGGGACUUUACCACCAGCCUUGGGAACAGCAUAAAUUUAAGGCACCCAGCCCUGCGCCUUUCUGCCUUGUACAACUGGGUCCUUUUUGCCACCAGGUGUUCCCAGUUUAUAGAACACAGCUGUAGACAGCAGAUCAAGGUGUCCACGCAAGAUUCAUUGGGGGGAGGCAUGAAAAACACCAAAUAUCUUGGCAGGUGUGUUCUCGAUUUUCUUGAAGUCUGGCCUCUUCUGGUUCCUCCUUCCAACAGCUUUUGACAAGCAGAUAGACCUCCGGCUGCUCCUCAUCUGCAGUUUCCAGGAACGGAUCUGGGCGAAAAGGUUUCACCCCUUCUGAAUUUUCCACUGUGAAAAUCUCAUUCUUGUCUGGGCAGCUCAGCGUGUAGAGAGUUCUCUUACGAAGGAUGGUCCACUGAGCAAUGGUCCCAAAGCUGUACACGCCAACCUUCCUGAGAGAUGCCAGCUUGUCGAGGGUGCUUGGGAGCAGUCCACAAGUCUCUUUCAGAGGCAGGACGGAAUUGCACCCAAAAUCCGUGAUCUCCACCACCCCAAGACUGUCCACCACACAGUUGGUGGAUUUCAGACGCCCGUGAACUUCAACCUUACUGGAGUAUCGAUAUGAUAUCCCCUUAGCAACACCAUAUAAGGCAGAGAUCUUAAACUCCUAAUCCAUGAACGUGCCAUUGGGGUAGGAAAUUGUGUCAUUUAAAGCUUCCUGAACAUGAGAGAAAAAUGCACUCAUAAGGAAAAAAAGGAUAAAAUGCUGCAGAGAAAGAUUAGGAAGCACAGGGAAGGUUAGGGCCAACUGAUCCAAUCACGAGGCUGCUGAGUGAGGAACAAAAUGGGAUGCCAUCACCCUCCUUUCAUGAUCACACACGAUGAUGGGUUGGCUGACAGAGCUACAGCCUGAGAAGUAAGUUAGGUGAUUUUAUCAUAUAGUGUUCUCAUGCAAACCUAGGACCUGCAAAGUCCAGGUCACAGGGCACAAAGCCUGUACGCCACUGAUGAGCUAUAGUGCAGAACGUAUUCUUCCCCACACUGUGACACAGACACACAGAUGGACACACAGGUAUAGAAUCUCUUUCUCUUUCUCUCCCCUACCCCUCUCCAUCUCCCUCUUCCUCCCUUCUCCCCUCCCCACUUCCCCCAUUAUUUAUGUUCAAGAGCAUGACAUGACUAUGGGAUUUCAAAUGCAAGGCAUUUGAGGGUUUUAAAAAGGCACAUGCAUUUUUUUUGUCUGUGUUAUAGCCUUGUGUGAGAAGGGAUCUUGGCUAAGAUUCAGGAGGUCCCAAACUGAAGAGAACUGCCCUUACCCAUGAGCACUUAGAAGAAUUCUGGUUGUGGCUUCCAAAGCUGAGUCCUGAAACUGGACUGCCAAGUAAACUGUGGCUGUUCCCUACCCUAACAGAACAGCCACCCUUUGCUGCUUGUAUUGGUAACGGACCCAUGGACUCUGUCUUCCUAUUAGGGUUUCGGAUUGUCUAGCGAAGAAAAGUCAAACUCUUCAAGAAGAUUCAUUGAAUCUUAGACAAAAUGGACUAUUUGAUUUACCUGAUUUCUGGUCUCAUCCACUGCAGCUCUGGCCCUCGUCUUGGGUCAACCAACUAGCUGACUAAUUUGCCUGAUGUCCUGUUCCCACCCCUAGUGUGCAUGGCAAUAUAAAGAAUUCUAAAACUAUUACACUUCCGGGAAAUGCUUGGAUCCAUUAGAGCAUUCGGGAAGAUGAUUCUCAUGAAACACAGAAACAUAAAUAAUAAUAAAAUACAACAGUGCCAAGCGCUUACCGUAGGGAGACCCAGUCAGCAAACAUGGAUACCCUGGCCUGUUUGUCACCCAUGGGGCCCUUUUAGUUUAUAUCUGUGGAUCGCAGUAUUAACUGCAAGCUAUUUAGGGUUGUCUUGCAGACCUGGAGAUUAUCUGAAGGCUUGAACAGACUCUUUAUAGAAGCGUGGCUCUAGAGUUCCUCGAGGAAUCUGAUUAUUUCAAAAAGGACCCUAAAAUCCAAGGUUCAAAUUUCCACUGGAUACUGUCCCAUGAAGGACUGACACAGCUACCCCAAUUCAGGGUUCUCAAACAGGCAGUUUCGCCUCAGAUUUCAGAAGAUACCUUAAAACAGGUCCUAGGACGGGGAAAUGCGUGCUCACUGCUUUUGGCCCCUGAAGGUCCUUGGAGGAAGAACGAGGCACCUGAUGGCCAAAUGCACUGUUUGUGAGGCUGCUAUGAGCAGCUGCCGUGAGAUGGCUCGUGCUUGCUGCUCACAUGUUCUGGCCACACAGCUCUCCCUGAGGACUGACUUCCACACUAGUCCAGUGAAGGAGGCUGUGGUCAAAAAAGGGCUGGGAUGCCCUCUAUUCCCACACUUCGUUUCCUAUCAGUAUGAGGUCCCCGUGUACUAAAAAGGGAAGUGAUCUGAUUCAACUCCCGUUGGGUCACUUGCCAGUCUUUCAACCUUCGUUUUCUAUCCUUUUUUUUUUUUUUUUUAAGAGAGUUGUGAGUUUUGUGCCUUAUACAGGGGAAUGUCUGAACACUUUAUUUAACAUGUGCACAGGUGGAAUUUUCUGUUCUGGGUUAUUGGGACAAGAAAAAAGAAGAACCGCAGGACGUGAAAAUGACUUGUCAAUCAACUGUUAAUCUGUAUUUGGGGAGAGAUUAACUGAAAUUUCCCUGCAGACUCCACAGCAACAAAAGCAUGUGUCUUUUAGGUGGGUUUCUGAUAAGAAUGUCUAUGCCUGCUGAGUGACCCAAGCAGGGAAUGUGAGUAAAAUUGAACUGGUUUCAACUGAACAAAGGAUGUCUGUCUUGUGUGUGUGUGUGUGUGUGUGUGUGUGUGUGUGUGUGUGUGUGUGUGAAUGCUACAACUAGAGGGUCUGUUGAAAAUGGAAACCAGAAAGUGUUAGAAAUUCUUGUCGUUAUGGAUUCAAAGAAUGUCAUCUUUUAAAAGUUGGAAGGAAAGUGAGAGCAGGAAGGAGGAGGGAAGGUGACAUUGACUGUACCUGUGGUGGUGUUUGUGAACAGAGAUUUCUCUUUUCUUUCUUUCUUUCUUUCCUUUCUUUCUUUCUUCCUUUCUUUCUUUUUCUUUCUUUCUUUCUCUCUCUCUCUCUUUCUUUUUCUUUUUCUGAGACAAGGUCUCAAAAAACCUGUAUAACCCAGGCUGGCCCAGAAAUCCUUAUGUAGACAAGGCUGGCCUUGAACUCUCAAGCUCAGCCUGCCUCCGCCUCCCAAGUGGCAGGGUUAAAGGUGUGCAUCGCCAUGGCUAGCCUUGUGGACAGAGGUCUAGUGCUCUCCAGUGCACCCAAAGCCCUGUACCAAGCUGAGCUCUGUUCCUGGCGGGUCCAUGACACUGUAAGUGUAAAAAAUAAGACGGUGGCAUUCAGUGUUCAGUUUAAGUAUGCAAAUAUUGCUAACUAACAACUUGGAAAUUGUUUUAAGAAAAAUAAUAAAAAUGAAAAGAACGAAAGCGAUUCCUGUGGAGCUGAGACUUGAACCCAAGGCCUUCGACAUGUUAACCAAGAGUUCCUCCAUUGAACUAAACCCCCAGGCCAAGGAAUGGUGGGUGUAUAGUAGAUAUUUGGGAGGUGUUGAGGUGGGGGGCUAUGGUCUCCCCUGAAAAUGCAAGUUUCUGAUCGGAAUAAUGUAAAUGCAUGUAAAAAAAAUGGGUGGUUUUUAAUUCUUCAGACUCCCUUUUCAAACAGUGUCGUUAAAAUGAGUCUAUCAGUAUGGAAAAGACCUGCUUAGCUUAAAGAUAACCACCAAGAAUUGUAAAAAGGAGUAUGGAUGCCUCUUGAUUUACAACGGGGUCUGCCUCUCCCCAAAAUCAGCAUAAAGUGAAAAAAAAUAGUAUAAGGGAGAUGGCUAUCUUGCUCUCUGUACUAGAAAUUUUGGUUGUUGCCUCUUAGUUAAGACUUCUAAUCCUGAUAAAUGCCUCUGAUAAAAUUAAACUGUCAGCCACUAACACUUUCUUGAGAAUAAAAUCCUUGUGGAUUUAGAGAAGGCCCUACUUAGUUCAAGACAGGAUACAUUCGAUGAUUCCUGUUUCUCAUUUCAGAAUCCUGGCUCUUAUUUGCUGGAGAAGGUUGUUUUUUUUUUGUUUGUGUUUCCAGUGUAGGGUGUUUCCUGUAGGUUUUGUUUUGUUUGAGGCGGAUCUCAUUGUGUUUCCCAGGCUGGCCUGGAACUCCUGAUUCUCCCGUCUUUCUCGGCCAAGGAGCUGCGAUUACAGGCACCAUUGGAAGCUUGGAAGAGUUCAGAGCCCCCUGACAGUUUAUUCCUGUUUGAUUACUGCUCUGUAGUUCCACCAGGAUCCUCCAGAUGGCGGUGUUGUCUUUCUCAGUGCUCUCUUGGCGCUUGUUACCAAGGCUUUGCUGCUAUCUGUACUGCGUUUUGCUUGUUUGCUUGAUAAAGAAAAUGUGGGAUUAUCUUCCGUCUCUAUAAAUGUACUUACAUGAUUAAUCAUUAAAGAGAUUUUGUACAUGGA